UGAUUAUCAUCUGAUGGGUGAAAGAACGAGGACAUUUUAAAAUACCAAGCCGAUUUUAAUUCAAUUCUAGCCGAGUUGAAAAAGGUUAAUGACAGCUUUAAUCAAUCCAAUCAAUCUCUGGAAACAGGUCGGUUAAGGAGUAACCUAGCGGAGUUUCCCCCUUGUAACUGAACUGUACUCCUUUGAUGGCGAGUGAUUAGUAUGUAGUCCAGUCGUCUCUGAGUUUCAAUGCUGUCUGACCACCACUUGGCCCUGGCCCAGACUCACUGAAUAGGCGCUUUUCAGAGUCAGUUAAAGACGGGCUGUUCGGGGCCACCGCUGCUGCUGCAGUUGCACUUGAAGUUCAAAUGAAGAACUCCUAUUCGCCAGUGGCCGCCAAACGAUCGCCAAAGUGGGGCUCUGCAUUUGGAGCAGGGCUGAGGCUUUCUCGCAGUACUUCCAAGACACAUGAAGACUACUUGUUCUCGUCCUCGGAUGUGCUGUCUCCGUUGCCACAGAUCACUGGAGGUGGAGUGGCGGUGCUGACCUCGGUGUCUAGCCCAAUCAGGAGCUCUCUCGUCUGCCGGCCCCACCCCCACCCACACAGUAUGACGGACGCGUCCCACUCGCACCACGCCGACCGGCCCGUCAGCUACAGCUCCACCUCUUCCUCCGCCUCCUCGCGGGACAGCCACUGCUCAUUGGGCGGCCGCUCCAUUCUCGGCCCCGCCCCCGAACGUGACCGCGACGCCGGCGCCAUCCGAUUGGAGCUGGUGCCCGCCCGUCAGCUGGCGGGGGCCGACGAGGAGGACGGGGAGAAGCGGCGGGCGGCGCCGCCACAGACACAGACGCCAGACGGAGACGGGGGCCCCAAGGUGGUCUACGUGGACAGGGUGGUGCAGGAGAUCCUCGACACGGAGAGGACCUACGUGCAGGACCUGAGGAGCAUCGCACAGGACUAUCUGGACUGCAUCAGUAAUGAUCCGCGCUUGCUGCUUGGGGUCGAGGAGAGGACAUCACUGUUUGGAAACAUCCAGGAGAUCUACCGUUUCAACAGUGAUUUACUUCAUGACCUGGAGAAGUGCAAUGCUGACCCUGUAGCCAUCGCAGAGUGCUUCGUAGCAAAGAGCGAGGAGUUCCAUAUCUACACACAGUACUGCACCAACUACCCAAGGUCUGUGGCUGUACUGACGGACUGCAUGAGGAAUAAGAGUGUGGCCAAGUUCCUGCGUGAGCGACAGGAGUCUCUCAAACACUCGCUGCCUCUGGGCUCCUACCUGCUCAAGCCAGUACAGAGGAUCCUCAAGUACCACCUGCUGCUGCAUGAGAUAGCCAACCACCUCCCUAAGGACACUGAUAUGUACGAGGUGGUGUUGGAGGCCAUAGACACCAUGCAGAGAGUCGCUUGGCACAUCAACGACAUGAAGAGGAAGCACGAACAUGCCGUACGCCUGCAGGAGAUCCAGAGCCUGCUGACUAACUGGAAAGGGCCGGACCUGGUUGGUUAUGGAGAGCUGGUUCUAGAGGGAACGUUCCGCAUUCAGCGGGCCAAGAACGAGAGAACGCUCUUCCUGUUUGACAAGCUGCUGCUCAUCACCAAGAAGAGAGAGGAGACAUACACGUACAAGGCCCACAUACUGUGCUGUAAUCUGAUGCUGGUCGAGGUCAUUCCUAAAGAACCCCUAAGCUUCAGCGUCUUCCACUACAAGAACCCCAAACUGCAGCACACUGUCCAGGCCAAGUCCCAGCAGGACAAGCGUUUAUGGAUCCUGCACCUGAAGAGACUCAUCCUGGAGAACCACCCGGCCAAGAUCCCGGCCAAGGCCAAACAAGCCAUUCUAGAGAUGGAUGCAGCUCAUCACCCAGGCUUCCACUAUAGUCCUGACGGAGAGAACAAGAGCUCCGGCCAUCCCAAAGAAGGCCCCUCCCCCCGGCGUGUCCGUAGGAAAUCAGAACCUCUGUCCAAACUACUGAAGAACUCUAAACAAGCUGUGGCCAGUCCAGAUAUACAAAAGCGCUCCAGUUUAGGGGCUACUCUGCUCACUCCCGUGAUGCAUCUGGGCUCCAUUGGUCGGUCUCGUAGCCUGGUCAGCCAAUCACAUGAGUCUUUGGACCCAUGUGACCAUGGUGACCUGAGUGACCGGGAGGACGCAGAGGGACCUCACCAGCAGGAUGCUGAUGAUGAGGAUGAAAGCGGAAUGGGCCCAGGGAAGAGGCUGAAAGUGCCAGGCAAGAGCAGCCGAAAACGGCUGAAUCCUCAAGUGUCUGUGGACUGCAUCGACCGUCUCAGAGACCACAACCAUUCAGAUCUGCAGACAGCUAAAGAGUCUCUCCAGAUGGAUCCGAGCCAUGCCCCCUCCCUGCGAGUGACCAGUCCCUCGGAGUCGCCAGGCGACGCCCACGUGGGGAUGCCCAACAUCUGGGCUGACCACCGGGUACGCCGUGCCAUGUUUCCAACGCGCCAGCAGACCAUGCAGGUGGAGGACGACGAGGACAUCUACCAGAUGUUCAUGCCCCCAGAGACGGGCGGCGAGCAGGAGAGUGACCGCGAGUCCAACGAGUCGUCCUCUGGCAGUCGCCCCGGGCGACCCUGCAGCUGGCACGUGGAACAGAUGACUAUGACGACAUCGGCGUCAGCGACGCUGCACUUAGACCUCCCGGCCAGAGGGGGCAGAAAUGUCCUGCGGCGGGCCAGCAGUGUGGGCGAGCAGCAGAGUGAGGCGAACGCGAAACCCCGUAGCCACACGAGCGGCAAGGAGGACGAGCAUCACCACAGUAGUCACGGCGAGUCCUCGAGCAACGAAAUCUCAGGUUCGUCAUCGGCCGAGCAGCUGACCAUCGACGACAUCGAGAAUGUCUACGACAACAUCAGCUUCGAGGAGCUGCAGGCCAUGGGGCUCGUGCGAAGGGAGUCAGACGACGGUGGUGGUGGUGGCAGUAGCAAGCCUGGCCCCUCAGGGGCGGCACAGGUCAAAGGUGGGUCGAACCCCGCUGCGGUAGAGCCCAGUGGAAUGUUACCAUCUGAGAAUAAUCGGUCCUCCGCCAAGGAGGGGGCACCUGCGGACUCGAGCGAACUGAGGAUAGUCGAGGAAGAGGGGAUCUAUGAUACGAUCACUUUCAUCGUGCCUCCUCUACCUUCCCGAGGCCCAAAACUAAACGCGGAAGCGGACUCGAUGCUCGGACAUGACAGCGCGAUCCUAAGCUCUGUGACGGACCUCUCGAUCGACGAGAGCUUCGGGCUAGGCGUGUCCGCCUCUGAGGAGAGCCUCCUGCGAGUCACAGACGACGAUCACUCGCACGUCAGCACGUCCUCGUUGUCCGUCCUCGCGGACACAGGCCCGUCUUCGUCCUCCACGGCAACCUCGGAGAAGAGCGGGCGACAGCAGAAGCAGCAGAGGCGUCCCAGCGCGGCGUCUGACCAGAUGUCGGAGCAGGUGGACGCCAUCUGGAACGAUCUGGAGAACUACAUCCGCAACAACGAACGCAAAGCCGACAAGCUCCCUGCCGCCUUCCCAGUGUCCGCCCACGACUCGGCCGCCAAGUGCCGCUCAGCCACAUCCUCGCCCCAGAAGAAGCCGCUUUCUAAAGCCAACCCCAAAGGCGGCAAGGCACCCCUGACGCGCUCCAUGAGUCCACCCUGCACCUUUAAAAUCCCCAGCCUGAAGAUCCCCGAACUGAGGAGGGAGUACUCCUUCGAAGUGGAUGAGCCGCCCUCUCUGACCCCUGCCCCGUCCCCUUCUCCUGCACCCCCUACGAAACCUGACCCCUCAGCCCCUCCCAACCCCCCCAAGAACAGCACUAGAGCACCCCCCCUAAAGUCUUGCACCUCUCAGCCACUUCCCAAAUGUUCCGAGCCCAUCCAGCCCCUCCCUCCUAAGCAGAAGCAAACUCAGCCCCCUGGCCAGACCCAACCACUCCCUCCCAAGCCGAUCCAGAGUCAGGCGCUUCCACCCAAACCUCCCCUGAUUCAAACUCCAACCCAAACUCAUCAGGCACCUCCAGCAGCAACAACCAAACCUCACCAAGUAACCCCGACAACAACAACAACAACAACAGCCCAAUCGAGUCAUGUUACACCAACAACAAUAGGCCAAACUCACCAAAUUGCCCCAGCAACAACAACAACAAAAACAACAGCCAAUGUAGUGCAUCCUAUCCCACCAAAACCUACUCACGCUCAAGCUCAAACUCGCCCAACAACCCCACCAACCCAGCCUCACCUGCCCCCAGCAACACCCUCUCCAACCCAGCCUCACCUUCCCCCAACAACACCCUCCCCAACACAGCCUCACCUGCCCCCAACAACCACACCAACCCAGCCUCACCUGCCCCCAGCACCCAUCCCCUCCAUCAACAUCACCGCGGUCAUCCCUGAGCCCCCUCCAGUCGGCACCGUCAAGAGCAUCCGCAACAAGCUCGCCCGUCUGAGCAGCGGAAGCUUCCGGAUGGACGACGAGGACGAGCUGGGUGACCUGUGCACCCCGAUGGCGGCAGCAGGGACAGGGGUUGGGGGAGCGCCGACACGGGACACCAUGCAGCGGGACCUCCAUAGCCUCUUCCCGGGGCUGGAGGGGACGCUGUUCCCCCCGGACCUGCUGCUUGGGGAGGCAAGCGACCAGCUCCUGGGGGACCUGGGGGACAAGGGCAAGAACCGGGUGUUCCUGAUGGCGCGGCAGUACAGCCAGAAGAUCAAGAAGGCCAACCAGCUGCUGAAGAUGAAGAGCAUGGACGUGGAGCCCAGCUGCAUGCGCUCUAGCGCCGGCCCCAGCACCUCACGCUCCAAGCCCAAGGACCUGGCGGCCAUCUUGGAGGAGAAGAAACAGGGCGGAGCUGCUAUAGGAGCGCGGAUCGCGGAGUACUCUACUCUGUAUGACCAGGUCAUGUUUAAGGAGGCCCCAGCAGGCUCCGGCUCUCCGAGGGCCAUGCCAGGGGGCCGACUGUCGGUGCCCCACGCGCCACGCCUGGCCUCUUCGCCCUCCCUGCCUGAGAGCGCCACCCUCGAGGGCGCCUGGCUGAACUGCACCUACAGCAACGGCGAGCUGGCCGACUUCCUGUCCUGGACGCGCGAGAUCCCCGAGCAGCAGCGGUCCGAGCUGCAGCAGCACACGUCCACCCCUCAGAGGAUGGCGCAGACCGUGUCGGUCCCGGCGCUCAAGAACCUCCCGCCCUCUCCCUCCAGCCCGCCCAAUCAGCGCUGGAGCAGCUGCGUGUCCACGCCCGCCAGGGAUGACGAGCCCGAGCACAUCUACGCCACGCUGGGGGUGACCACAGCACGCGCCCUGAAGGACCCGCCCUACACGCGCUGCCAGUCCUCGUCCUCAUUGGCCGAGCAGCCCGAGCAGGAGAACAGCGGGGGUGUGGCCAACUGCAAGCAGGAGACGGGGUCGCGCGGAGGCCAAGCGACGAAUGGACGAGGUCUCGGCCCGCGGCAGCACAGCUUGCCUGAGUGCCCCCCGGCGACCUCUGACCUCACCCUGUGCGACUCGCAGCAGGUGCUGGUGCUGAACCGUGGCGGUCAGCAGCCGCUGGGUACGGUCACCGCCACGCAGAACUACCUGGCCAACUUCCGCGACGACGACAACGACGACGACUACGUGGAGAUCCGCUCGGAGGACGAGGUCGAGGCGGAGCGCGACCGAAGGCGCCCGUCGCUGGCCAAGAGUCUGCCCUGCAGCCCGGUCAAGAGCAGACAUGAAACCGCCGCCGAAAUGGGCCGAGAUCACCUGAACGACUACAUGUGGAGUGACGCGGAGGCCCACGAGCAGAGCCUGGCUCAGCAGAACAUUGUCCAGUCCCUCCGCGAGAAGUUCCAGUGUCUCAGCUCUAGCAGUUUCGCCUGAAGGGGGCGCUCUACAGCCACGAUGCCACCCAAAAGCACACUGCUAGGGGCAUACUGUACGGGCUACACACACACACACACACACACACACACACACACACACACGCACACACACACACACACACACACACACACACACUCUAAGGAAACACAAUGGAGACAGAGCACCACAAAUUACACAAGACACUACUAAAGCCCACAACUACACACUACUAAACAGCCCACAAACUGACUUUAGUUAUACAUCUGAUUCUGGUGGAAGUACACUGUCACCAUAUACUAUGUUUUACAGAGGAAUAUACUUAUAGCAAGGUGUUUGUACAGUACAAUCUAGUGUCCAUAUGCUAGCUAAGACACAUGGGAAUGCCACACAAGACACAGAAUAUUUAAACUACAAAAAACCAAACUGCAUAUUUACACCAAAUACACUGAAAUAGAACACACAACUGAUAACACACCGACACCUUGGCACUCAACCUUUGGUUAUUUGGAUGAGACAUGACAUGGUAUAUCUUUUAGACACACUCAAACCCACAUUUUGCUUAUGCAGUGCAAGUAUUAGGAUAAAGUAUCUGCUAAUUAUCAGCUUUAUGUUUGUGUUUGUGUGUGUAAAAUAUGUAUUUGUUGUGUCUUUUAUUUAACUGUUUACUUUCUCACAGUAUCUUAAUUUGAGAAAACCUCACAAGAAGUCCUCACUCUCUAUGCCACACACACUCUCACACACACUCACACAUUCACACACACACACACACACACAAGGCACAAAAAAAGAUGUAUAUUUAAGGACUGGAUCUGCUGUUUGAGUUGCAGAUUUCAUUUGAAAGAAAACAAAGCAAAUCACAGAUUGAGACACUUGUACUUGGACUCUUAGACCUGGACUUGUAUAGUUUCUAGACAUUUGCAAGGGCACCUAAGCCAGUGAAUCCUACCUGGUCUAGAAGUCUGUGUCAGUGAUACACACAUGGUUUAAAGGGACGAGGCUUAAAAAAGCAGUUUUAAGCUGUAGUUUUAAUGUACUCAGCAGCCUGUACAUAGAUGCUAUAUUAGAUCUCAUGUUGUUAGCCGAGCUAGACUUGGUAACCUGUCAGAUGCAAUCCUUAAACAAACAUGCAUUUUGUGACAGGAUCGUUUUAGCGCCCCCUUGGGGCUUGGCUAUAUAGCACACUAUUUAUCAGCUGAAGUUUUAAACGAAGAUUUUAGCGCUCCUAUUUAAGUGAUUGAAGAUCCCCCCCCUCAUAGUAGGAAUCAACUUGAGUAGGAAUAUUUGACAAAGGUGACUCUUAAUGUACAACAGUAGACUUUGUGCAAACUCUUGCAUCCACCUAUUGCAUAAAGAAAAGUCAGAUCAGCUUAUUAACAAAAAAAAACUGAAAAAAGAACUGAAACAAAACACAGAAAACAAACUGCGUCAUUUUAGUGUGUCAGAUUUAUCGGCCUGCGUCUGUUCCUAGUCACACUCAUUUUAGGGUAGAGCUGGUCAGUAGUGGGUCAGUUCAGUUUUCCUUGCAAAGACGUAGUCUUCAGACCAUCUCCGCAGCCUCAACUUCAUGCGUUCAUGAAGCGUCUAUGUGCAGUUAGGGGGGGUUUACCCUUGUAAAACUUUACAGAUGCCCCUGAACUAAAUAGUCGCCAUCUAUUUUAAACUUUGUGAUCUAGAUAGCAAUAUUUUUUUAGGUUGCUCCAAAUUGUGCAUAGUUUGACUGGAGUUGGCCUAAGCUCUCCAAGGCAGUACUUGUUAAGGCGUUCUACUUUCCUCUGAAGCGUUAGCCUUCCUGAGGGACCAGGAGGAUGGAUUAGGUUGGAUGAAGGUUUACGUCGUCAGAUGUUUUCUGAUGCGUCGUCUGCUGCGACUUUUCCGUUGUUGUUAUUGUUGUUGUUUGGUUCAGUCCCCUCCACUUCCAACAGUCACACCGUUGUAAAAGUUACUGAUCACCAUCCUCCUGUUCACACAACUUCAACCAAAACGCUCAGCAGUCACUUUCAUAUCAUGUUCUUUAAAACCCAUGCACAUACACAUGCAAUGCACCCUCAUUCACAUGGUGUAUCUUGUGGUGGUCUGGCUGGCUUCAGACUCCAGACUUGGCUUGUAUUGUGGUGGCACUGUGUCACAACCCUACACACACACUAAAUGUAAAGGUCAACUUUUGUUUAAAGUAAGUCACACAUCGACUGUUUUCAUCUCCAGAAUCAUGUAGCUGUACACUGCAAUUUUUUUCUAAGCAUGUUCACACAAUCUGGUCACUUCUGGUUUGAUACACAUGACAUUAUGUCCCACAAUUUAGUUUUAAUAAAUGGAAAAUGUAUUUAUUUACGUGAAAAAGCCCGGUGCCCUGGAAUAGAAUCAAUAACCCAAGUUUGUAAAUUAAAAAGUAAAUAAUACCGACAAAUAUUUAUUUAAUAGUUUUCCUCUUCAAUAUUGUGUCAAAUUUGGUUCAUGUGUUGUGACUGUGAAUUUUACCUUUUGUUCUUUAAGCACUGUUAAAGAUUUGUUUUUUUUUUUACCAUUAUGAAAUAAUACAUUUUUGAAUAAUAGCAAUGUCAUGGCCUAAUGUUAAUAUUAAUGUAAAUAUGCCAAACACAUUGGAAUAUGAUAUGAAGUAUGUUUAUUUCUCAUGGUUGUUUUCAUAUGUACAUGUUGUUUUAAGUUUCACAGGUGGGGACUGUUAAUCCUUGGUUUAAAUCACCUCUUUUUGCACUUUUUUCAUUUUUAUCAUUUUAUCAUUUAUCGUUUUAACAUUUUGUAAAGAUGUACAUUUUAGGAUUGUUGGUAUCAUGCUCUAGGUUUGCUCCGCAAAAAUUUAAAGUUUAAAUGAAACUUACUGUACUGUACUUUUUUAACUGCCUAGUUGUCAUCGCUCAAGAAAGAAAUGUAUUUGAGGCAAUAAAUAAAAGCUGACUUAAAAUAA